AAUUGUACCGUGAAGUGUCGCUUUUCGAGGUCUGGCAACGCUGUUUUUAUGAGUGUGUCUGUUUACGUGCAUUUUCUUUAUAAAAAUAUGCACCAAAAAGUUGUGAGUUGAGAGAAUUCGUUUCGAAUUAAGUUUCUCAUAGUUAGUAAUAAUAAAGAUAUCUCAUAGAAAAUGGAUAUUUUCGAUGAGGACGACGACAACCAUGAUUGCUCUAUGGCUGUGGAGAGCUCAAUAUUGGAUAUGCAAAAUAAACUGGCAAAGCGUAUGGUUGAAAUGCAAAAUACAAUGAAUAAUCAAUUUAAGGAGUUGCACCGCAGUCUGAACCUGACAAAUCGUCAUAUUGAAGCUUUGAAAGAUAAAAAAAAAAUAAAGCAACUAAAAUGCAAUUUUCCUUUUAAAACCGAAGAAGAAUUGGCAGAAAUAGACGAGAAAAUUGCCGUGUCACCAGCAGCCUAUUUACCUAUUUUCGAGGGAAAACUAAUGCCGGAAGGAGUCGUCAUAAAUCUUGAAAAGAUUGUAUCUCGAGAUCUUGCUUUACAAAUUAAUUUUCGCGGAACCGCCAAAAUGAAGCCGUUCGAUAAAUACAUUCACCUAAAUAAAGUAAUGUAUGAGGCUACGACUACAAUCGAUCGAAAUUUUAGUGAUUACCAGAGUAAUAUGCGCACUGCAUUUGCAAGGAUCAAAAAUCGUGCGCAUAAAUCGAACUCGCGACAAAAUCUAAAAAAAGCAAAAGCGUCAAUAAAAAAUUAAUCUGGCAAUUAAACUAUGUGUUUAAAAAAUUUCAAUAAUGGCCAAGAAAAAUAAUUUCAA